AUGACAGCAAACUAUGUUUUCGUGACGCUGAUGAACGCGGCCCUGCUCUGCCUGGCGUCGACGAUACUCUCGGAAUCGGUGGGCAUCGGCAACUCGUGCAAGUGGCUGUUGUCCGAGGGUGGCAACGAGACGCGAUCGGCCGACUGCACCCUCCGCGUGUUGGAUCCGGGCGCGAUCGCCGGCCUGGUCGCCGCGGCGUCCGGCCUCGACGGCGCUCUCAAGCUGCGGAUACGCUGCAGCGACGUCCAUCACUUCGAGAGCAGCUUCAACGGGCAGAGCUGGCAGCGGUUGACCAGCCUGCACGAGCUGCACGUGCACGGCUGCAAGGUGCUCCGCAUACCGGGCGGCGCGUUUCAACCGUUGCUCGAGCUGAAGAAGCUCACCGUGCAAACGUUCAACGACGCGUGGGGUGCCAGCCGUUUCCUCGAACUGGCACCGGACUCUCUUCACGGUCUGCGCGAGCUGCACACGCUCGAGAUUGUCGAGAGCAACGUGCAAGCGCUGCCCGCGAGUCUCCUCUGCUCGCUGGACAAUCUGCAGACGUUGAAUCUGACGGAUAAUCGUUUGCGCGACGUCGACGACAUUGGAUUGAAUCGACGCGACGACGACGACGACGACGACGACGACCAGGACGACGAAGACGAAGACGAAGACAAAGACAAAGACGACAACGAGGACGGCAACGAGGACGAUGACGACCAUGACGACAACAACGACGACGACGACGACGACGACGACGACGAUCAAACGAUCGAGAGGAUGGAUGGAACGGAGGAGAGUGAGUCAGCGACGACAGAGAGAAAGAGAAAGAGGAAAAGAGUGGCGAAACGAGUGCAAGGAGGAGGAGGAGGAGGAGGAGGAGGAGGAGAGAAGGAGGAGGAAGGAGCAGCGGAAUGUCGAGCGGACGUUCGAAUUCUGGAUCUGUCGCGCAACGAGAUCACCCGUUUGCGGGAGAACAGCCCGUUGUUGGGGCUUCGUCAGCUGCAGGAGCUGCACCUGCAGCGAAACUCGAUCGCGGAGAUAGCCGGCGGCGCGCUGCGAGGGCUGACCGCGCUGCGCACGUUCAACGCGAGCUACAACGCGUUGGACUCGUUGCCGGAGGGGCUGUUCGCCAGCACGAGGGAGCUGCGAGAGAUACACUUGGCGUACAACGGGCUCCGCGAGCUGCCCAACGGUAUAUUCACCCGGCUGGAGCAGCUGCUGGUGUUGAAUCUCGCGGGGAAUCGACUGGGCAGCGGCGGCGACGGCGGCGGCGGCGGCGGCGGCGACCAGCAACAGCGUGGCGGCGUCGACGAGACCACGUUCCUCGGCCUGAUACGGCUGAUCGUGCUCGACCUGUCGUACAACGCGCUCACGCGCAUCGACGCGCGCAUGUUCAAGGACCUGUUCUUCCUGCAGAUCCUCGACCUGCGGAACAACACGAUCGAGCGGAUCGAGAGCAACGCGUUCCUGCCGCUGUACAACCUGCACACGCUCGAGCUGUCGGAGAAUCGGCUGCGCACCGUCGGCCCGCAGCUCUUCAACGGCCUGUUCGUGCUGAAUCGGCUGACGUUGUCGGGUAACGCGAUCGCCAGCGUCGACCCGCUCGCCUUCCGCAACUGUUCCGACCUGAAGGAGCUGGACCUGAGCGGGAACGAGCUGACCUCGGUGCCGGACGCGUUGCGCGACCUCGCCCUGCUGAAAACGUUGGACCUCGGCGAGAAUCGGAUCGCCGGCUUUCACAACGGCUCGUUCCGCAACCUCGACCAACUGACCGGACUACGGCUGAUCGGCAACGACAUCGGCAACCUGUCGCGCGGCAUGCUGUGGGACCUGCCGAACCUGCAGAUCCUGAAUCUCGCGCGGAACAAGGUGCAGCACGUGGAGCGGUACGCGUUCGAGAGGAACAGGCGGCUGGAGGCGAUCAGGCUGGACGGCAACUUCCUCUCGGACAUCAACGGCGUGUUCACCAGCAUCGCCAGCCUGUUGCUGUUGAACCUGUCGGAGAAUCACAUCGAGUGGUUCGACUACGCGUUCGUGCCUGGCAACCUCAAGUGGCUGGACAUACACGGCAAUUUCAUCGAGAGCCUGGGCAACUACUACAAGAUACGGGACUCGAAGGUGAAGACGCUGGACGCCAGUCACAAUCGUAUCACGGAGUUGUCGCCGCUCUCGGUGCCGGACAGCGUCGAGCUGCUCUUCAUCAACAACAACUACGUCGGCGUGGUGCGGCCGAACACGUUCAGGGACAAGGUGAACCUCACCCGGGUGGACAUGUACGCCAACAUGAUCGAGACGAUGGAGCUGACGUCGUUGCUGCUGACCAAGGUGCCGGAGGACCGAGCCCUGCCCGAGUUCUACAUCGGCGGCAACCCGUUCGACUGCAACUGCUCGAUGGACUGGCUGCCGGCGAUCAACAAUCAGACAUCGACCAGGGAGUACCCGCGCAUCAUGGACCUGGACAACGUGAUGUGCCGGACGUCGGGGCCGCGCGGCCUCGCCGUCGUAUCCGCCUCGACGGCCAGGUCCGAGCAGUUCCUCUGCCGGUACGAGGCCCACUGUUUCGCCUUGUGCCACUGCUGCGACUUCGACGCCUGCGACUGCGAGAUGACCUGCCCGGCCGGCUGCAAGUGCUACAACGACCGCACUUGGAACACGAACGCGGUCGAUUGUUCGGGCCUGGCGGCCGAGGAGAUACCGCGCCGCAUACCGAUGGACGCGACCGAGGUCUAUCUCGACGGGAACGUGUUGCGCGAGCUGCAGAAUCACGUGUUCAUCGGGCGGAAGAACAUGCGCGUGUUGUACGUGAACGCGAGUGGGAUCGAGUCGAUCCAGAACCGGACGUUCAACGGCCUCAACAAUCUGCAGAUCCUCCAUUUGGAGGACAAUCGGAUACGCGAGCUGAAGGGAUUCGAGUUCGAGCGGUUGUCGCAUUUGCGCGAGCUCUACCUGCAGAACAAUCAGAUCGGAUUCAUCGGCAACCUGACGUUUCUGCCGUUGCGCUCGCUCGAGGUGCUGCGACUAAGCGGCAACCGUUUGGUCACGUUCCCGGUGUGGCAGGUGACGCUGAACGCUCGGCUGGUCGAGCUGUCGCUCGGCGGCAACCCGUGGUCCUGCCGGUGCAAGUUCUUGCAAGAGCUGUCCUCCUGGGUCUCCGACAACGCGCACAAGGUGGUGGACGCGAGCGACGUCUGGUGCUACUACGGGGGCGACGCCAGGCCGCCGGUCUACCGGCGCCGACUCAACGUCAACGAGACCGUUUGCUCCGACUACUUCUCCCAGGGCGGCGUGAUCGAGAGUAUCAUGAUAUCGGACUAUCUGCCUCUGGUGGCGGCCACGCUCUCCGCGGUGCUGCUUCUCCUCGUCAUUGUCGUGUUGGCGUUUGUAUUUCGCGAACCGGUAGGCGCUUGGGCCUACUCCAAGUACGGGUUGCGAUUUUUGCGAGCGAAACCUAACAAUAAUGGUGGCGGUGGCGGUGGCGGUGGUGGUGGCGGCGGCGGCGGCGGCGGCGGCGGUAAAUCCAUGACCGGCAGCGGUGGAACAGGCGCGAUGCCACCACCGCCGCCGGUCACGGCAGCCAUUGCCAACUCGUGCUGCGGUGCGGAUCAACGUCUCUACGAUUGUUACGUCUGCUACAGUCCAAACGACCAAGACUUUGUGCUACGCUCGUUGGCGAUGGAGCUGGAGCAUGGCGGCGGCGGCGGCGGCGGCGGAGGACUUCGACUGUGUCUGCAUCAUCGCGACUUACCGUGCCUGCUGCGCGCGUCCGCCCCGACAUCCGUCGUGCUGGAAGCAGUGGACGCGUCCCGGCGGGUGCUUCUCGUGCUCACUCGCAACUUCCUCGUGACCGAGUGGUCCCGUUUCGAGUUCCGCGCGGCCCUGCACGAGGCGCUCCGCGGCCGGGCCGCGCAGCUGAUCGUCGUGCAGGCGGGACACGCCUGCCCGGAACUCGACCCCGAGCUACGACCGUACCUUCGAAACGCCGCGGCGAUCCUCACCUGGGGCGAGAAGAGGUUCUGGGAACGUCUGCGGUACGCGAUACCCUCGCCCGUCAACACCAUCGUGCCCGACAUAUCCGUCGAGAGUAAAUCGUCGCCGCUUGUCUACAAGCGUGGUAGUAACGCGACGAACGCCAACGCGUACACGUUGGACGGCGGCGGCGGCGGCGGCGUACGCGGCCACGAACGUUCUCAACGUUCCCUAUUCAAGGACGUCGUCUCGUCGUCUCCGUCGUCGUCGUCGUCGUCGUCGUCGCCGACCACGGCGCUCAUGCUGCAACACGCGCCCCCGCCCGCCUACUCUUGCGGCACGGUGCUGCCCAUUGCGUCGAUGCAACAGCAACUGCAACUGCAACUGCAACUGCAACCUUCGUCGCCGCAGCCGAGGCUAACCGUCAAUCACGCGUAUCGGGAGGCAGUGGUCACCACCCUGCCCGGUACCGUCAAUCUCAUCGCUACCGCCAUCGCCAACAGCAACAACAACAACAACAACAACAACAACAACCACACCAAUCACCACCACCACAACAACACCAUCACCACCGUGAGCAGCGGCAGCAGCGACGAUCACAGGAGACCGCUCUCCGAGCACAUAUACUCGUCCAUCGACUCGGACUACUCGACGUUGGAGAGAACCGCCUGGAGACAACAGCAACCGCCGCCUCCGCCUCCGCCUCCGCCGCCGCCGCCGCCUCCGCCGCCCUCGUCCUCGUCCUCGUCCACCGGCCAGGCCUAUCUCGUCUAG